AUGUGUUGGGACCCAAUUGACGAGUUUUCCUCCACCAUGCUAACCAACCCCCAGCUGAUUGAGUAUUCGCUGGGGAGUUUAGCCCGAACGAUGGUCGGCUUAGUCCAGGAGGCCGAGGAAGCAAAGAGGACCAAGCUGGCUUUUGACGGGAUGAAGGAUGAGGUGAUCGGGUACCAGCAGAAGGUCGAGGCCCUCAAGAAAGAAAGGGACGCCUUGCUGGCCAGAUGGUUGUUGACGAGCCCACCACUGGAAGCUCCGAAAUUGAGCCCGCCAGCAGCGAACCAAAACCAGAACAGAGCCAAAAGCGGGCUUAUCCUUGACAAAACGGGCCUGGAACCCUUACCGCAGAGACCUCCACUGGUGAAAGAGAUCUCAGAUCCGCCGUCGAUGCAAGAGAGAAGAGAAGUAGAAGAGAAGGAUAAGGGGUUCAGGGUGCAACGGCGAGCCAUCGGCCGAUAA